GUCUUUGCAGUCAAGGCCACCAUGCCCAUCUGGGUGGUCCUGCUGUCCCGGAUCAUCAUGAAAGAGAAGCAGAGCACAAAGGACAUUGGACCUGGCUUGGACGAGGAGCUGGAAACUUCACCCAGUGAGGAAACAGUAGGGAAUGACUUGGGCAGGAGUCUGAUAAUGAAGGAAUAAGUAUGGAUCCACCCUGUGAGGAAGAUAAAGCAGGUGUACUUGUCACUCAUCCCCAUCAUCAGCGGCGUCCUGCUGGCCACUGUCACCGAGUUGUCGUUUGAUAUGUGGGGGCUCAUCAGUGCUCUUGCUGCCACACUGUGCUUCUCGCUUCAGAAUAUUUUCUCCAAAAAGGUAUUGAGAGACUCACGGAUCCACCAUCUGCGGCUGCUGAACAUCUUGGGCUGCCACGCCGUCUUCUUUAUGAUCCCCACGUGGGUCCUGGUGGACCUCUCGGCUUUCCUGGUCAGCAGCGACCUGACCUAUGUAUCCCAGUGGCCCUGGACGCUCCUGCUUCUGGCUGUCAGUGGCUUCUGUAACUUUGCCCAGAACGUCAUUGCCUUCAGCAUCCUCAACCUCAUCAGCCCUCUGAGCUACUCGGUCGCCAACGCCACCAAGAGAAUCAUGGUCAUCACGGUGUCCCUGAUCAUGCUGCGGAACCCUGUCACCAGCACCAACGUCCUGGGCAUGAUGACAGCCAUCCUGGGGGUUUUCCUGUACAACAAGACCAAGUACGAUGCGAAUCAGCAAGCACAGAAGCACCUCCUCCCUAUCACAGCAGGGGACCUGAGCAGUAAGGAGCAUCACCGGAGCCCCCUGAAGAAGCCCCACAACGGCGUCCUCUUCCCCCAACAUGGCGACUAUCAGUACGGCCGCAACAACACCUUAACAGACCACUUCCAGUACAGCCGGCAGAACUACCCAAACUCAUACAGUUUGAACCGCUAUGACGUGUAGAGCCUAGGAUAGGGUGGGCUGUUCUGCAACUCCCCACAAACCCACCCCUCCCAGCAGUACCAGGAACUUCUGACAACCGGUGAAUGUAAGCCCGCCGAGGGUACGGUGCACAGCCAUCAGAGGACCCUGGGGUUCCCGGCCCCCGGGGCAGCAGGAUGCCUUCCCUGCAGUGAGGACCACAGCCCUCAGCACUGGUGUUCAUGCCCUUUCUUCCUGGAGUUUGUCAUCUGAGGCGGCAGCACUAUGAAGAUCUUGGCCAGGUUUUACCUUUCUGUGUGGACUUAACCCCCAAGUCAUGUACUUCAGAGUUCUUGUUCUGCUUCUCAGAUAUUAUUUCCAGAAAAUCCUCUGGAAAGGCGGAAUCGUUGUGGAUAUAGACCCUGGCAUGGGUGAGGAGAUGGACUCAGUUUCCCUUUCAGCCUCAUGGCUAUUUGCAGUUACUGGCAAACACUCCCAGGUGAACAGCUGUUGGCAGUUAGCAUUGAAUUCUUAGAGGCUGAUUCUGUGACCAGCAAGUGAGAGUUGUAUGUCAGGAUCCAGAAGGAAGAACGGAGUAGGUCAUUGCUCCCCUCAGCAGUGAGGAGGAGACUGGAGGGCCGGGAGAGGGAUCGUUAGGAAAUCAAGUUCAGUGUUUCAAACUCUAUUUCUGACUUUGUCUUUUCUGGUGGGUCUUCACUGCUGUGAUGAUUUGGUAGGACGUCCAGAUGUUGAUUUCAUGAAGAUCUCAUUUUUGUAGGGAAUGUUUUGUAGUUGUGUAUUUAUGCCUUGGUCCCCAGUAGAAGAUGCAUACAGACUGGCUUACAGAUUGAAAAACCUUUUGCUUUAAAUGUUUAAAAACAAACGAAGUUCCCACUGCUGAUGCCUGUCUGACACACACCAGCAUUUGGUAGGAAACAAUGAGGUGUUGAGAAGCACCUCUCAAAAGACCACAAUCGCUGAAAACAGAAUGAAUCAAGAAUAUUACCUGGCCGGUUUGUGUGACAGACAAGAGCAGUGCUUUGAUUCCUAUUCUCGUGGUGCUUACAUUGGGAUCUGAAUCAUGUCCUGGUGAAGGGAAAAGAGGCGAGCACCAAGCUAGGCUCUGGUUGGUCAAAUCAGAUGCUUUGGUCAAGAAAAAGUUGACUUAAAAAAAAGAAAAAGUAGGAAUAGUUGGUUUGGGGAGGUUCACAGCACGAUGACCUGUGUGCCAAGCUCCAGGUGGGGUUUCCGUCUUUCCUGGCAUCACGGAGGACUGUUACCCUCCUCCUGGGACGCUGGCUGGGUCUGUGGUGAUGCUGCUUUCUUCCUCAGCACUGUCCCCAACAGCUGGGGCAGGAGUCGUCCUUUACCUCCUGUUGAGUGAGACAUUUUUCCCACUCAGAGAGUAAGAGACAGUUUACGCUUGACUUGGUUUGUUUCUGAUAAUUGGAAUUUUGUAUUUAAGAGGUGGUUUUGUCAGCUUACAUUGGGCCACUUCUGGAGAGGUCUGGGAUACCUUCUGGCCUGUGAGUUUAUGAACCACCAGCCUCUGAAGUCCAUUUGUUGUCUUGUUAUUCGCUUGCUUUCUAAUUACUUUGGCCCCAGAUUUUAAGAUGAUUGCUGUGUGAAAUCUGAAAAGGCAAUCCUGAAGGGUGUUGUUGGUGAUGAGCUUGCCGAGUGCCUUCUCCAGAAGCAGUCAAGCCUACAGCUGAAUUUUUCUCAAAGCUGACUAACAAAUGGGAAUAAUUUUGAACUGCAAAGAUAUUGCAGUGUUGUCUUUAUGAUUAGAGUAACUGAAUCCUUGAACAUAUAUUUGAACUCCAAAAUGAAUUAUGCCUAUAUUCAGAUUUAAUGAAAUUUCUGAUGUUGCUGAAAUGUGUAUAUUAGUUCGUUUUCCUUUUCCAAUGCAGAAACUGCUAGUGAGGGGAAAUGACUGGUUUUAUUAUGGUUUAUAAAUUAAUAAAAUGGGAUAUUUAAUUCUGUACAUAAAUUUACAGUAAGUACAUACACUGGAAUAAAUGAGACAAUCAUAUUAGGCCAAAUUAUCAAAUCAAAAGACAAAGACAUACUUUUGAGACUUGACAGUUCAGAGCUGACUGACCCCUUGAAGGCUGGUUUCCCAGCCACUACUGCCUGGCCCGCCUCCCACAUUCACAUUUGCAGCUGUUCCCCUCACACUCACUUCUCGGGUUUGUGGUAGCGAGUCCAGUUUACCCACUUGUGGUGUGGUCUGGCCUGCAACACUAACCCAACUCCUUCAUUUUACAGAAGGGGAAACUGAGGCUCAGAGGGCAUUUUUAAAGUGUUUGGAUCACUGUAUUGAGACUUGGUGUAGAAUUUUUUAAGUCAUGACUGUAUUUUCAGUCAUUCAUUAUAGGGAGAAUCACACCCCUAUUACAAAGGAGAGAAGCCAGAAUAUGUUCCAGUGAAGCACUGGGACUUCUGAAUUUUGCUGUGUAUUUGGCAUACAUAAUGCAAUAGGCCCUUUAUUAUUGCUGGGACACAAUUAGACCUAAUUUGUUAAGGGUCUAACAGCCUUAAGGGCAGAAAACAUUAAAUUAUUAAAGGAUCUGAAAAUUGUGAAUUCUUUUUUUUUUUAAAUGAUCACCUGUUUUCAAGACUUAAAUGCUGUAGACUAUCCUUUGGGAAUGACUGUAUAUUCAUUGAUGGCAUUUACCAAAAAUAAAUGAUGGUCUCUAGGGAAUCAA